GGCGGCGCGUACCUGGGCACCCGGUGGCCGCGGGGCGAGGCGCGCGCGAUGGAGGGCGACGGCGGCGGCUCCUGGGCCCUGGGACUGCUACGUACCUUCGACGCGGGCGAGUUCGCCGGCUGGGAGAAGGUCGGCUCGGGCGGCUUCGGGCAGGUGUACAAGGUGCGCCACGUCCACUGGAAGACGUGGCUGGCCAUCAAGUGCUCGCCGAGCCUGCACGUCGACGACAGGGAGCGCCUGGAGCUCCUAGAGGAAGCCAAGAAGAUGGAGAUGGCUAAGUUCCGCUACAUCUUGCCCGUGUAUGGGAUCUGCCGGGAGCCUGUGGGCCUGGUCAUGGAGUACAUGGAGACAGGAUCCCUGGAGAGGCUGCUGGCCUCGGAGCCACUGCCGUGGGACCUGCGCUUCCGCAUCGUGCAUGAGACGGCUGUGGGCAUGAACUUCCUGCACUGCAUGUCCCCACCGCUGCUGCACCUAGACCUGAAGCCUGCCAACAUCCUGCUGGACGCACACUAUCAUGUCAAGAUUUCGGAUUUUGGGCUGGCCAAGUGUACCGGGCUGUCUCACUCCCAUGACCUCAGCAUGGAUGGUCUGUUUGGCACCAUUGCCUACCUCCCUCCGGAACGCAUCCGGGAGAAGAGCCGACUCUUUGACACCAAGCAUGACGUGUACAGCUUUGCCAUCGUCAUCUGGGGUGUGCUGACACAGAAGAAGCCCUUUGCAGAUGAAAAGAACAUUCUGCACAUCAUGGUGAAGGUUGUGAAGGGGCACCGCCCUGAGCUGCCGCCCGUCUGUAGGCCCCGGCCGCGCGCCUGCGCCAAUCUCUUGCGCCUCAUGCAACGGUGCUGGCAUGAGGACCCGAGGGAGCGGCCCAGCUUCCAAGAAAUCACCUCUGAAACUGAGGACCUGUGUGAGAAGCCAGAGGAGGAAGUCAAGGAGGUGCCCCAAGACCUGGGCAGAGAGGGCUCGCCAGAGCCCAAGAGCGAGGCUGUACCUGGGGCUACACGGCUCAAGCGUGCCUCUGCUCCACCCUUUGAUAACGACUGCAGCCUCUCAGAGCUCCUGUCUCAGCUUGACUCCGGGAUCUCCCAGACCCUUGAGGGCCCGGAGGAGCUCAGCCGCAGCUCCUCUGAGUGCAAACUCCAGUCGUCCAGCAGUGGCAAGAGAUUGUCAGGCGUGUCAUCGGUGGACUCCGCCUUCUCUUCCCGAGGGUCACUGUCACUGUCCUUUGAGCGGGAGCCAUCCACGAGUGAUCUGGGUACCACAGACAUCCAGAAGAAGAAGCUUAUGGAUGCCAUCAUGUCGGGGGACACGAGCAAGCUGAUGAAGAUCCUGCAGCCGCAGGACGUGGACCUGGUCCUGGAUGGCAGCGGCAGCCUGCUGCACCUGGCCGUGGAGGCUGGGCAGGAGGAGUGCGUCAAGUGGCUGCUGCUCAAUAAUGCCAACCCAAACCUGACCAACCGGAAGGGCUCCACCCCACUGCACGUGGCUGUGGAGCGCAGGGCACGGGCUGUGGUCGAGCUGCUGCUAGCCCGGAAAAGCAGCGUUAAUGCCAAGGAUGAGGACCAGUGGACAGCCCUUCACUUUGCAGCGCAGAAUGGAGAUGAGUCCAGCACACGACUGCUGUUGGAGAGGAACGCGUCUGUGCAUGAGGUGGACUUCGAGGGCCGCACGCCCAUGCACGUGGCCUGCCAGCACGGCCAGGAGAACAUUGUGCGCAUCCUGUUGCGACGUGGCGUUGAUGUGGGCCUUCAGGGGAAGGACGCCUGGGUGCCGCUGCACUACGCCGCCUGGCAGGGCCACCUGGCCAUCGUCAAGCUGCUGGCAAGGCAGCCGGGUGUGAGUGUCAACGCACAGACGCUGGACGGCAGGACACCACUGCAUCUCGCCGCGCAGCGGGGACACUACCGUGUGGCCCGCGUGCUCAUUGACCUGUGUUCCGAUGUAAAUGUCCAGAGCCUGCUGGCACAGACACCCUUGCACGUGGCUGCAGAGACCGGGCACACCAGCACCGCCAGGCUGCUCCUGCACCGGGGUGCGGGCAAGGAGGCGGUGACCACUGAAGGCUGUACUGCCCUGCACCUGGCAGCCCGCAAUGGACACCUGGCCACUGUCAGGCUGCUGGUAGAGGAGAAGGCUGACGUGCUGGCCCGUGGGCCGCUGCACCAGACGGCGCUGCACCUGGCUGCCGCCCAUGGGCAUUCGGAGGUGGUGCAGGAGCUAGUCACCGCUGACCUCAUCGACCUGCCCGAUGCUCAGGGACUGAGCGCGCUUCACCUGGCUGCCCAGGGCCGGCACGCGCGCACCGUGGAGACACUGCUCAGGCACGGGGCUCACAUUAACCUGCAGAGUCUCAAGUUCCAGAGUGGCCAGGGUCCUUCGGCUGCGCUCCUGCAGCGCAGCAAGACCUAGCCUGCCGCCCGUGCGCCAGGCCUGCAUGGGCUUCUCGUGCAGCAUGGUGCUCGGCAUGUGGACGCAGAAAGGCUGAGCCAGUCCACUCUGCUGUCCUCCGUGGAGGCCAGUGUCUGGGUGCUCCCAGCGGGUACAGUACCCACCACAUUAACCCUCAGUGCCUGGCGUCAGGAGGGGCGAUGCGUCGGAUCAUUUCUUUAGGCUCCCAAAUGGCUGCUGAUGGGGGUUCCUUGGUGACAAAGCCUGGGGAAAGAUGUCCCCUUUGUCCCAAAGCAAGCCGAUACAAUAGUGCAGAGCAUCGUGCGGGCUGAGGUGCAGUAGGGACCCUGUCUGUCUACUCGGGCAGUGGGCAGCCAGCCCUGGGUGGGGAGCAGUGUGGGAUACCCCUGUGCACGAGCAGCAGACGCCAGUGGAAGGCACUCCCAGUGUCACCAGUUAAGUCUUGGUGAGGUUACUGCAGAGUGACAGGCAGUUUGAAAAGUGCAGUCCUCCCCACGUCACCCUCUCCUGGGCGCUGUGCUCUGGCCCUGUUUAUUCCUCUUUGCCCAAACAUUGAACUUCAGAGUCCCCUGUCUAAAAGUCACUUUAAAUUUUUUACUUUUUACCUUCAGUUUUGAACUAAAAACAGUGUUACCCAGUCGGACGGGCAUCUUCCCCAGCUUCCAGCGAGGUCUGGCUGGCAGCUCUGAUGGGUUUGGGGUGUAGCACAGGGGUGGGGAAGUCGGCAGCUCCACCUCUUUGUUCUGGGCAGGAGCGUGGGUGUCCUGUGCAUGCGACAGGAUGGUGCAGGACUCGACACUGAGGGGGUAUUAAUGUACUGUGUAUGUUAAUGUGGACUGAGGGCAAGAUGCUACUUUUUUGUGACAGGAAGUACCCGAAUCACAGAACUGGCUAUGUUUUAAUAUGCCUCAUGUGCUUUGCAUAUUGUAGGAUCCAGUUGUUCUGGACUGGACACCAGAGCGGUUGAUUUCAUGUCAAUAAAGCAAAGUAAUUAACAGCUUUU